UCAGCGGCGCACAAAAGUCAAUUAAAGAAGCCAAUUGUUGCGGAAUCCCAAAGGUGAACCAUGGAACGCUGGCAGGGUCGUGUGGCUGUUGUGACUGGCGCCAGUUCGGGCAUUGGAGCUGCUGUGGCAAAGGAUCUGGUGCGUGCCGGGCUGGUUGUAGUGGGUCUGGCGCGUCGCGUCGAGCUCAUUGAGGCGCUCAAGGAGCAGCUGCCGGAGGAGUUGCAGUCCCAGCUGCAUGCGGUCAAGUGCGAUGUGGCCGAUGAGGCGUCAGUGGCGGCUGCCUUUGAUUGGAUCGAGGCACAUUUGGACGGCAUUGAUAUACUGGUGAAUAAUGCGGGAAUGCUGUACUCCGGCCAAGUGCUGACCAUGCAGCUGGAUCAGCUGCAGCACGUGCUGCAGGUCAAUCUGAUGGGCGUGGUUCACUGUACCCAACGCGCCUUUCGCUCCAUGCAGCAGCGCGAUGUUGCCGGUCAUAUGGUGCUCAUCAACAGCCUCACCGGUCACCACAUCAUCCAUCCGCCCAGCGAGGAGCUGCAGUGCCUCAAUAUGUACCCAGUUACAAAGCAUGGCAUCAGUGCGCUGCUCGAGAUAAUCCGCCAGGAGCUGAACGGCCUCAAGACGCAGAUUAAAGUUACGAGCAUCAGCCCGGGCGUAACCAAUACGGAGAUCCUGCCCGGCGACUAUAACAAUCUGCCCAUGCUGCAGCCGGAGGACAUAUCGGCUGGCAUUAUGUACGCCCUGGGCACACCGCCCCAUGUCCAGGUGCAUCAGCUGACCAUUAAGCCCAUUGGUGAGCCCUUCUAAGACAGCUGCUAAAUUAAAAUGCAUUACUGCAGCAGCGGCUGGGUGGGCGUGGCAUCUGGCCGCACGCAGCUGCAUGUCUCCGAAAA